GGCCUUGUAUCGCAAGCUGUGUGCUGUCGUCGACCGUGCAAUGCGCUAGCUCCUAACGCUCUUUACGCCAACAAUCAGUGCAUUCCACGUGGACAACUCAAUUCCGCUUGUACAACCAAUGCACAAUGUGGAGGAGGAGAAGGUAUGGAAUGUAUUAAGGGCCAAUGCCAGUGCCUUUCUGGAUUUCAUCCAGCCGUCGACUCAUUGACACAUCCUAUGAAAAAUCCAUCGCAAACCUGUUCACGUGACUGUGAAACUGAAGCGCUCAGCAAGGACACAAGCUGCAUGAAGGUUCAAUCUUCACUUGUAUAUGGCUCAAGCUCAUACCGAACGCAGAAACUGCUUUCCCAAGAUUCUCUU